AUGAAGGACAAAGUUAGGAGAGGAGGAGGCAGAAGUCAGGCCAAGAAUGAUGACACAAUGGAUCUCAAUAAGAAUGAGGAUACUUUCUCUGUAAAAAUACAGGGUGCAGGAGUUGAGCAAUUUGAACUGCAGGUGCAUGGAUUUUGGCUGGUUCAAGAUGCCAUAAUGACGCUGCUUUCAAGAGAUGAAGUGUUUCCUCGCUCUAAUCUGUCCCUGUCUCUUGCUGGUACAACACUUGACCCUCUCACACCGAUGCAAAGCCUUAAAGGAUUCAAACCGGGAUCUAUUCUUCGUCUAACUGAAGAGCCCUACAACGGUCACUCCGCUCGGCUUCAUUUGGCUCGUGUGCUUGAACUACUGAGGAUGUCAGCCCCCCAGGAUGCAUUGCGAGAGGGUCGCUCACCAAGUAUUUUGGACACCAUCACACAAAGCCAUGCACAAGACACACCGUUACAAAAUGGAAAGAACCUCAAACGCACCAAUACAAAAACAGAAGUGGCAAAUCAAAAUGGCACUCCAGAAUAUUUACUCCCAGGUUCUCAUGAAAGACCUUUGAUGGCUCUGCUCCCAAACAGUUUACAACCAGAGUUCCCUUGCAGUGUGAGGGACCUGAGCCUCAGCUGCUGGAACCCUCCUCCAGGCCAUCGAAAAAUGCAAGGAGACUUAUUGUACAUCAGUGUCGUAACAGUAGAAGGACGACGCUGUGACAUAACCUCUUGUCCCAAAGGCUUCUUCCUAAAUAGGUCUACAGAGGAAGUUUUUGAUCCCCGUCCAGCUCAAUCUACUUCCACUUUCCACUGUUUCACUGACCUCCUUUGUCACCUCAGCCCAGCUUUCAAACAAACAUUCACUACUCUUAAAAACAAAUUUCACUUGCCCCCACUUGAGGCCCUGCCAACCCCAUAUCCUACUCUGAGCUGGUUGGGGCCGCCCUGCUCUUCUCGCAUUCAUAAAAACACAUUCAGCAGACUCGGAGUGGAGGAACAGCCAUCACAAGCUCCUGACUGGAAUGAAGAGUUACAAGCAGCCAGAGACCUUCCCCAAGGAAGUCUAGAAGAGCGACUACAGAGAGACAAAGCUCUGCUACAGGUGAACAGUGCAUUUGUGAGAGCUGUGAUUCAGGGAGCAGAAAGUGUUGUUGAUGGUUUAGUGGACCCGGUCAAUGGAAAUCCAGAGGAUCCAGCGUUCCUAUGGGGCGGCCUGUAUAUGAGCCAGGGAGCUGCAAGUGACGUGUUUGGUGGAGAAAGGGGGCGCAGAGCGGCUCAGAGGCUGGAGCUGAAGGGGGUGCAGGCGUACAGUAACGUAGAAGCUCUGCAGGGGCUUCACACUUUAUCCACAGCGGUGGUGGAUUACAGAGGGGUGCGUCUCUCUGCUCAAGGCCUGGCUCCAGGAAUAGAAGGUUCAGAGCAGGACCAGGAAGCUGACCCAGCAUCUAGAGGCCUUCUGUAUGGAGUGAAUGCAGGACCCCAAGAAUCUCCCCAGCGCAGACAGAAUUACUGUUCUGACACUGGAUUUCCAAAGUCUUUUCCUCAUGGGCUUUGUCGACUAAAAAUUGAGUUACUCCGAGCAUUCAUUCAGCACAAACAUUAUCAGUUUUGUCAGCUUGUGGAGGAGAAGACGGAGGGACACAGAGGCUUAGAAGAAUGUGAAGCACCAGGAGAGUUGCGGGCAUCUACAAUUGCUGUCAGAGAAGCUAGUAAAGAAGUUGGCUCCGUUAGUGAUAUUAUUUUCGAGAUGCGCUUCAAUCCAAACAUUUACUCCCCAGGAGUAACAUUCCCUCGUACUGAAAAUAAGUCUACUAAUCUGCAGAAGAGAUUACUGCAGGAAGCGGCGGCUUUCAUUGUCACACAUCAGAUCCCAGAUUUUGUUGACUAUUGUUUACAAAAUAAUGAAGUUCCAGUUGAUUGCACAUCCCUGAAAAAGGCAUUGCACGAUAAAGGAAUCAACCUCCGCUACAUGGGUCAUCUGGUCAAGGCUAUCACCCAAUCAGAAGACCAGGACAAACUAAGGCACAUACUGAGAAUAGCAAUCAGUGACAUUUUCAUCCGCUCAACAAGAAGAAUAUUCAACCGCUUUGUGCAGGGCGUGGACGUGUCAAGCCUCUCAGCAGCUGUCAGUCACUUUCUCUGCUGCCUCCUUGUCUCACACUAUACUCCCUCCGCCAUUGGGGACGACAUGAAAAAAAAAUCACGACGAAGGGGCCGCGUUGCCGGGCCUUCAGAGAGCUCCCAGUGGAGCACACUGACUGCAGCAGAGCUCUGGAACAUGGUGUGCCAGGAGGCAGAAGAGACAUAUAGCAUCACUGACAUAUUAGGCAAUGGCCCAAACCACCUAGUCGAGCACUACAGCCUUCAGAAACUGUCUCUGCUCAGGGAGUUUUGUUUGAAGACUGGAGUACAGUUAAGACUCAAAGACUAUUUUGUGGACAACCAAAACAAAGCACCUCUCGGUCCAGAAGACGUUCUCAACAUCUUCCCUGUUGUAAAGCACAUCGACAUGGGGUUUAAAGAUGCAGCAAAGUCAUUUUACCUGGCAAAGACCUCAUUACAAAAAGGUUUAUUGGAUCAAGCUUACGAACAGCUGAAAGAAACAACCUACCUAUAUGGAAGAGCACUUUUAGCUGUGUACUUUCAUGCUGGAGGAGAAACUGCACUGGCCCAGAAAUGCCUGCUUAGAGCACGUCUGCUGAUGCUCACAGUACACGGAGAGGAUCACCCUUACAUUGCUGUAUUGGAUAGUUGUCUGGGGCUGCUGAUGACAGGAAGUCACUCAGAGAAAUUCCUUAAGAGUGCUCUGAAGAUCAACAUGUCCUUCUUUGGGUCUUGUAGUCUGUACACUGCUCUCAGUCAGCACCUCUUGGCACAGCAUAUGAGUAGUAAAGGUGACUACAGAAGUGCUAUGGCCCAUGAAAAAGAAGCUCUUACUGCAUUUACUUCUAUGUUUGGAGAGAAUCAUGCCCAGACUCGCUGCAGCACAGAGUUCCUGAGCACGAUUACCAAACAAGCUGUGCGCGUGGAGAGGUCGAUCAGACAAGCUGGACCUGAAUGUCAUGAGCAAACAGUAGAGUGUCUUACUCCAACAACUGAAACUAUUUUGGAGCAGAUGGUUCUGGUCACAGGAAUCAGAAAGGUUGUACAGAGUGACAAGUUCCAAGAAUAUAAGAUAAAACAUAAGGAAAGAAAAGCUGCAGCGGCUAAAGAAGUCAUUGAAAGUUUACUUUCAAAGGCCAUCUCUAAGGAGAGUGCCAGCAAUGAAGAGAAACAGAUCACAACCCAAGAAAAAGAACCCGUGAAGGAGGCUGAGAAAAGUGACAUGAAUGGAGAAAAGACAGAGAGUGAAAAUAAUAUUUCAGUGGAGACAAAAGAUAUGGGUACAGUUAGUGCUGAUGCGGGUGGAUCCGAGUCACCUAUAGCAAAUGCAGAGACCAAAUCAAAACAGUCGGACAGACAAGAUGGAAAUAUCAAUGGGGCCGCAGAAAACUCAGCAAGUCCAACUGCCCAUAAGGCCAUGACUUGGGCCGAUGUGGUCUCAAAACCAGUUAUUGCAAAUGGAGCAGCAGCUUAUGUCCCAGUGGAUAAUGGAGGAUCGGAGACAACACAAGGCUGUGAGCCUGAAGAAUAA